GGGCCAACAGGACCCGGGAGGGAAGAAAGGGUAUCUUGCUGGCAGCAGCCUUUCUGUCUGCCCUGCUUCUGAAGCUCGUAGUUUUUUUCGGAGGGGCAGGGAAGGGAGAGUCUUAGUUUGAUCUCUGCUGGGCUAGCUCCUCCCUUCAGUUUCAGUUUCCAUUUCCUUCUCAGCAAGCCCAGCGGCAUCUGGGCUAAGCCCGCAGAGCGCAGAGCGGCCAGUGAGACGCUGAGGGAGCAGAAUGGAGCUGCGACCCUACCAGUGGGAGGUGAUCAUGCCCGCUCUGGAGGGCAGGAAUAUCAUCAUAUGGCUGCCCACGGGCGCUGGCAAGACCAGGGCGGCUGCUUAUGUGGCCAAGAGGCAUCUGGAGACUGUGGAUGGAGCCAAGGUGGUUGUGCUGGUCAACAGGGUACACCUGGUGACCCAGCAUUGUGAGGAGUUCAGCCGCAUGCUGGACAGACGCUGGGCCAUUACCACCCUGAGCGGGGACAUGGGGCCACGAGCCGGCUUUGGCCACCUGGCCCGGAGCCAUGAUCUGCUCAUCUGCACAGCUGAGCUGCUACAGAAGGCGCUGACCAGCGAGGAGGAGGAGGAGCACGUGGAGCUCAACGUCUUCUCCCUGCUGGUGGUGGAUGAGUGUCACCACACACACAAAGACACCGUCUACAACAUCAUCCUGAGCCAGUACCUGAAGCAUAAAUUCCAGAGGACGAAGCCACUGCCGCAGGUGCUUGGGCUCACAGCCUCCCCAGGCACAGGCAGGGCCUCGACACUCGAUGGCGCCAUUGACCACAUCCUGCAGCUCUGUGCCAACCUGGAUACGUGGCGCAUCAUGUCACCCCAGAACUCCCGCUCCCAGCUGCAGGAGCACAGCCGGCAGCCCUGCAAACAGUACGACCUCUGCCACCAGCGUGCCCAGGACCCGUUUGGGGCCAAGCUGAAGAAGCUCAUGGACAAAAUCCACCGCCAUCUGGAGAUGCCGGAGUUGAGACGGGACUUUGGGACUCAGACAUACGAGCAGCAAGUGGUGGAGCUGAGCCAAGCUGCGGCUGAGGCGGGGCUCCAGGAGCGGAGGGUGUAUGCGCUUCACCUGCGUCGCUACAACGAUGCGCUGCUCAUCCACGACACAGUCCGCGCGGUGGACGCCCUGGCCACGCUGCGGGAUUUCUACACCAGGGAGCGCGCCACCAAGACCCAGAUCCUACAGGCUGAGCGCUGGCUGCUGGCGCUGUUUGAUGAUCACAAGAAUGAGCUGGCCCGCCUGGCAGCUGAUGGCCCAGAGAACCCGAAACUGGAGGUGCUGAAAGAAAUCCUGCAGAAGCAGUUCAAGGGUCCCAAGAGCCCCCGGGGCAUCAUCUUCACCCGAACCCGCCAGAGCGCUCACUCCCUCCUGCUGUGGCUCCAGCAGCAGCCGAGCCUGCAGACUGUGGACAUCAGGGCCCAGCUGUUGAUUGGGGCUGGGAACAGCAGCCAGAGCACCCCGAUGACCCAGAUGACCCAGAGGGACCAGCAAGAAGUGAUCCAGAAGUUCCGGACUGGUGCCUUGAACCUCCUGGUGGCCACGAGCGUGGCAGAGGAGGGGCUGGACAUCCCCCAGUGCAACGUGGUGGUGCGCUAUGGGCUCCUGACCAAUGAGAUCUCCAUGGUCCAGGCAAGGGGCCGGGCCCGGGCCAGUCAAAGCGUAUACUCGUUUGUGGCAGCCCAAGGCAGCCGGGAGCUGCGGCGGGAGCAGACCAAUGAGGCGCUGGAGAGUCUGAUGGAACAGGCGGUGGCUGCUGUGCAGGCGAUGGACCAGGCCGAGUACCAGGCCAAGAUCCAGGAGCUGCAGCGGGCAGCCUUGGUUAAGCGGGCAGCCCGGGCAGCCCAGCAGAAGAGUCGGCAGCAGAAGUUCCUGGCAGAGCAAGUGCAGCUCCUGUGCAUCAACUGCAUGGUGGCCAUGGGCUACGGGAGUGACCUGCGGAAGGUGGAGAGUGCCCACCAUGUCAACGUGAACCCCAACUUCAAGAUCUACUACAACGUCUCCCAGGAGCCUGUGGUCAUUGACAGAGUCUUCAAGGACUGGAGGCCCGGGGGUGUCAUUCGCUGCAGGAACUGUGGGGAGAGCUGGGGCAUGCAGAUAAUCUACAAGUCCGUGAAGCUGCCAGUGCUCAAAGUCCGCAGUGUGCUUCUGGAGACGCCCAACGGGCGGAUCCAGGUCAAGAAAUGGUCCUGCGUGCCCUUCCCGGUGCCUGACUUCGAUUACACGCAGUAUUGCACCGAGAGCCUGACCGACCUCUCCCUGGACUGACCGCCUUGUCCCUGCAGUGCCCGGCUCAGCCUGCAGGGGGCGGGAGACUCCGCGGCCGCCACCUGGGUCCAGCCCGGCCUCCUGAGCUGGAGUCUGCGCGCUGACCAGCUACGGAGGAACCCCAGGCCCCCAGGCUGGCUUACACACUGAGAAAGUAGCCAAAGAGCCAUGGCUGGUCCCCAGCCCCCCCUCACAUGUACGCAGCUUCAUAUGGACCGGCUGGAGAACCGGGACACGGUGCCAGGAAUCACCAGGUUCCUGUGGCCUCGACAUUCCUUUCCUGCCAAGGGCACUUCUGUUUUUUGAGGUUCCCUAUAGAUUAAAAAUAAAGAAGUGGAAAAUUGGUGUAGAAAACAUGUGGCAUUUAAAAAA